AGCAUGCAUAAACUCACUGGACCGAACAUUGGGGAUCUUAUAAGGUAGGGCACGCCAGUCGGUUUGUGUCCCAGUCUGAAACUCUGCUAACUUUUGUGAAAACCCCAAUCUACACAUCUAAAUUGAUCAUGGAAAGCAAGCAAACUAUUAACUUUGGAGCUGGACCUGCAAAACUACCACAAUCUGUUUUGCUUCAAGCUCAGAAAGAGUUAACAAACUACAAUGGCAUUGGCAUCAGUGUCCUUGAGAUGAGCCACAGGUCUGCAGAUUUCACCAAGAUCAUCAACACCACUGAAAACCUGCUGAGGGAGCUUCUCAAGAUUCCAGACAACUACAAAGUCCUUUUUUUGCAAGGGGGCGGGUCUGGCCAGUUCAGUGCUGUCCCUCUUAACCUGAUUGGUCUGAAGGAGGAGAGGCGGGCCGAUUACAUAGUGACAGGAACCUGGUCGGCCAAAGCUGCCAAAGAAGCUGAGAAAUAUGGCAAGGUCAACGUGGUGCACCCCAAGCUUGACUCUUACACCAAGGUCCCAGACAGCAGCAGCUGGGCGGUGGACCCCAACGCCUCCUACCUGUACUACUGCUGCAAUGAGACGGUGCAUGGCGUGGAGUUCAACUUCACCCCGGACCCCAAGGGGCCAGUGCUGGUCAGCGAUAUGUCCUCCAACUUCCUGUCCCGCCCCGUGGACGUGUCCAAGUUUGGGUUGAUCUUUGCUGGUGCACAGAAGAAUGUGGGGUGUGCAGGAGUUACGGUGGUGAUCGUGCGUGAGGACCUUCUGGGAAAGGCUCUGAAGGAGUGUCCUAUUGUCCUGGACUACCAGGUUCAGGCUGGCAACAGCUCUCUCUACAAUACCCCACCCUGCUUCAGUAUCUACAUUAUGGGCCUGGUUCUGGAGUGGAUCAAGAACAACGGUGGAACAGAAGCCAUGGAACAUCUCAACAAGCAGAAGUCCUCUCUCAUCUAUGAUGUCAUUAGUACCUCCAAUGGCUUCUACUCGUGCCCUGUGGAUCCAGACUGUCGCAGUCGGAUGAAUGUGCCGUUCCGUGUGGGUAGCAGCCAGGGCGACGAAGCAUUGGAGAAGAAGUUUCUGGAUGGAGCUGCCAAGCUUGGCAUGAUCUCUCUUAAGGGACACAGGUCAGUUGGAGGCAUUCGGGCAUCCUUGUAUAAUGCUGUGACUGUGGAGGAUGCACAGGCUCUUGCCAACUACAUGACUCGCUUCCUACAGGAACACCAGUCAAGAUAGUUACACAUCACUGCCAACAGGAUGUCUUGUUUACCAGUGGCCUAUGCCAGUGACCAAUCAUUGACCAGAUUGUUUACAGUUAGAACACUAACCUGAGAUGUUACAAAUGUCACAGUAUGCUGUUAAUACAACCUUAUAAUGCUUUGUAACAUACACAUUCUUAGGGAGUCCUGACGGGCUUUUCAUUGUCAGGCUGCUAUGGGAAUUGUAGGAAAUAGAUACAGUUUGUGUCAUGUUUGUGCCUUAAUGUGUAUAUAGAUACAACUUUUAAUCUGUGUAUGAAAUAUGAUGCUGACAUUCCAUUAAAAGUCUAAUUGUCAA